CUCAAGCCCAGCAGCUGGUCGACCUCCUCCUUUGAGUGAUUUACAGCGUCACGUGGACACUAACAAAAGACUACAAAGAUGGAUCCGCUGGUUGCUGCAAUUGACCAGGGCACGAGCUCAACGAGGUUUCUGGUGUUCAAUGCAAAAACAGCUGAGCUGAUCAGUCACCACCAAGUGGAGAUCAAGCAGAGUUUCCCCCAGGAGGGCUGGGUGGAGGUGGACCCCAAGGAGAUCAUGCAGUCGGUGUACGAGUGCCUGGAGAGGACGUGUGAGAAACUCGGCCGGCUCGGUGUCGACGUGGCCGACAUCAAAGCGGUGGGCGUGACCAAUCAGAGAGAGACGACCCUGGUGUGGGACAAGGAGACCGGAGAGCCACUCUACAACGCCAUUGUUUGGCUGGACCUGCGCACUCAGACCACGGUGGAGAGUCUCAUCCACAAAGCUCCGGGUCAAGACAAGAACCACCUCAAGCACAAGACGGGCCUCCCCAUCAGCACCUACUUCAGCGCCCUGAAGCUGCGCUGGCUGCUGGACAACGUGGAGGAGGUGCGGCGGGCGGUGCGCGGCGGGCGGGCCAUGUUCGGCACGGUGGACUCGUGGAUCAUCUGGUGCCUGACGGGGGGCAGCAACGGGGGGGUCCACUGCACAGACGUGUCCAACGCCAGCCGCACAAUGCUCUUCAACAUCCACAGCUUGGCGUGGGAUCCGGAGCUCUGCAGGUACUUUGACAUCCCGAUGGAAAUCCUCCCCCAAGUCAGAAGCUCCUCUGAGAUAUACGGCUGGAUGAAGUCCAGCUCUCUGGCAGGAGUUCCCAUCUCCGGGUGUCUCGGCGACCAAUCGGCUGCUCUGGUUGGUCAGAUGUGCUUCCAGGAAGGCCAGGCCAAAAACACUACGCCUCACUUUGAGUAUGCCUCACUCUGUCCUCUGCAGUCGGACCACGGCCUGCUGACGACGGUGGCCUACAAACUGGGGAAAGACGAGCCGGCCUGCUACGCUCUGGAGGGUUCGGUGGCCAUUGCCGGGGCGAUGGUGCGCUGGCUGAAGGACAACCUCGGCAUCCUGAAGUCGUCCUCAGAGAUCGAGAAGCUUGCGGCUGCAGCCGGCUCGUCUCACGGCUGUUACUUCGUGCCGGCCUUCUCCGGCCUCUACGCCCCGUACUGGGAGCCCAGCGCCCGAGGCAUCAUCUGUGGACUCACUCAGUUCACCAACAAGAACCACCUGGCCUUCGCUGCCCUGGAGGCCGUCUGCUUCCAGACCCGAGAGAUCCUGGAUGCGAUGAACCAGGACAGCGGCGUCCCUCUGACGCAGCUGCAGGUGGACGGAGGCAUGACCUCCAACCGGCUGCUGAUGCAGCUGCAGGCCGACAUCCUGAGCAUCCCCGUGGUGCUGCCCACCAUGUCGGAGACCACGGCUCUGGGAGCAGCCAUGGUGGCGGGGGCAGCAGAGGGGGUGGGCGUGUGGAGCCUGAGCCCCGGCCAUCUACCCCACGUCACGUAUGAGAAGUACGAGCCUCAGAUCAACACUGAAGAGAGCGAGUUCCGCUUCGCCCGAUGGAAGAAGGCCGUCCAGAGGUCCAUGAACUGGGAGACCACGGAGCCGAGCUGCACGGCCCCCGCGACAACAGGUGCAGGAAAGAAGAUGAAAGACUCCCCUCCCCCCGCCAGAGCAGCACCCUAAGAUCACCAGGUGUGACCUGCUCUCCAUAGUCAUGGGUAGCAGCUGGAGGAGGACGGCCUCUCGGGGCGUCAGACGCUCAUCCAGCACUUUUUCUUUAAAAUAAUCUGGAUUUUCCUGAGACUGAGCCGUUAGUCUGAAGUGCUGAACGACCACUGGAGCAGGUGGGCGCCGCUGGUGACGAGUGGAGCUCUUAACUUUGAACGUAUGAGACAAAUUCACUUUUUGUAUAUAUAAAUAUAUAUAAAUUGACUGCAUAACUUACACCUGAUUAGUGUUUGUUUUAGUGUAAAUGAAAUAAAAAUGUAAUAAAUAUUUUCACAAUGA